CUUGCGCUCCCGUUGAAAGCGCCUGGUUGUUGUUUCCCCGGGCGAGGAGGAGGAAGAAGUUGAACACCACCGCAGCUGGUAAGGAAGCUUUGGGAACAUAACGAGAGGAGGAUAACAGACACUACCGAAAAGAAAGCUCCACUUUCUCCCCGCGACUAGAGAGGCGAGCUGUGAAGAGAAUAGCGGGCUGGAACCCAGCAGGGAUAUUUAAUCUAUCCCAUCACCUUGUAGCAAAGCGCGGUGUGGUGUGAGCGGUGAAGGCUGCAACUCCUCGAGCCAGCGUGCGACACCGCUGCUGCUGCUGGAUUGUGUUGGGAGCAAACAAGGGAAUGACAUAAACACACCCAGAGAUGGUUUACUACCCGCAGGGACCUUCAGAGACACUAUUACUACGACUACUACUGCUGCUGCUGUGAACUUUUCUGUCCUACAACUGCACAGACCUGAAGGGGGGAUUACAGAAAGUGCUUCUUCUUCUACUUCUUCUUCUUCUUCUUAUCAGCAAAGGGAUUAAUUAUGCCGGACCAAAUCACAGUUUCAGAGUUUGUGGCAGAGACCAAUGAAGAUUAUAAAUCGCCCACUGCCUCCAACUUCACCACCAGGAUGUCCCACUGCAGGAAUACAGUGACUGCACUGGAGGAGGCUCUGGAUGUGGACCGCAGUGUUCUAUACAAGAUGAAGAAGUCUGUGAAGGCCAUCUACACGUCCGGUCUCGCCCACGUAGAGAACGAGGAGCAGUACACUCAGGCCCUGGAGAAGUUUGGGGAAAACUGUGUGUACAGAGAUGAUCCUGAUCUGGGUUCAGCUUUCCUCAAGUUCUCCGUCUUCACCAAGGAGCUCACUGCGCUCUUCAAAAACCUGUUCCAAAACAUGAACAACAUCAUCACCUUUCCUCUGGACAGCCUGCUGAAAGGAGACCUGAAGGGAGUCAAAGGGGAUCUGAAAAAGCCUUUUGACAAAGCCUGGAAGGACUACGAAACAAAAGUCACCAAGAUAGAGAAGGAAAAGAAGGAACAUGCGAGGCAACACGGGAUGAUCAGGACGGAAAUCAGUGGGGCGGAAAUCGCCGAAGAGAUGGAGAAGGAGAGACGAUUCUUUCAGCUACAGAUGUGCGAGUAUCUGCUCAAAGUCAACGAGAUCAAAAUCAAGAAGGGAGUGGACCUGCUGCAGAACCUCAUUAAGUACUUCCAUGCGCAGUGCAAUUUCUUCCAGGACGGUCUGAAAGCCGUGGACAACCUGAAACCUUCCAUAGAAAAACUGGCCACAGAUCUGCACACGAUAAAACAGGUGCAGGACGAGGAGAGGAAACAGCUGACUCAGUUACGAGACGUACUCAAGUCGGCGCUACAGGUGGAGCAGAAGGAGUCUAGGAGAGAAUCACAGGUGCGGCAGAGCACCACCUACAGCCUGCACCAGCCACAGGGUAACAAGGAGCACGGCACAGAGCGCAGCGGCUACCUUUACAAGAAGAGUGACGGGUUGAGGAAAGUGUGGCAGAAGAGAAAGUGCACAGCGAAGAACGGAUACCUCACCAUCUCACACGGCACAGCCAACCGGCCACCAGCUAAACUCAACCUGCUCACCUGCCAGGUGAAACACAACCCCGAAGAGAAGAGAAGCUUUGACCUCAUAUCCCAUGACAGAACGUAUCACUUUCAGGCCGAGGACGACCAGGACUGUCAGAUCUGGAUCUCGGUGCUACAGAACAGUAAGGAGGAGGCGUUGAAUCAGGCCUUCAAAGGGGACCAACAUGUCGGCGAGAACAACAUCGUGCAGGAGCUGACCAAGGCGAUCCUCGGAGAGGUCAAGAGGAUGACAGGAAACGACGUGUGCUGUGACUGCGGGGCGCCCAACCCGACGUGGCUGUCCACCAACCUGGGCAUCCUCACCUGCAUUGAAUGCUCGGGGAUCCACAGGGAGCUGGGGGUGCACUACUCCAGGAUCCAGUCCCUCACUCUGGAUGUACUCAGCACCUCAGAGCUCUUGCUGGCCAAGAAUGUGGGGAAUGCAGGCUUUAAUGAAAUCAUGGAGGCUUGUUUAAGUGCUGAAAAUGCGGUGAAACCCAACCCAACCAGUGACAUGCAGGCGAGGAAAGACUUCAUCACCGCCAAGUACACAGAGAAACGUUUCGCGAGGAAGAAGUGCCCCGAUCCGACGUCGCGGCUGCACACGUUGUGUGACGCAGUGAAGGCCCGGGACAUCUUCUCCCUCAUCCAGGUCUACGCCGAGGGAGUUGAUCUCAUGGAGCCCAUACCUCUGGCCAACGGACACGAGCAAGGUGAGACAGCGCUUCAUCUGGCUGUCAGACUGGUGGAUCGAACGUCUCUUCACAUCGUCGACUUCCUCACUCAGAACAGUUUGAAUUUGGACAAGCAGACGGUCAAAGGCAGCACAGCGCUGCACUACUGCUGCCUGACCGACAACAGUGAGUGUCUGAAACUGCUGCUGCGGGGGAAAGCCUCCAUAGAGAUCGCUAAUGAGGCCGGGGAGACACCGCUGGAUAUCGCUCGGAGGCUCAAACACCUACAGUGUGAAGAGCUGUUGAACCAGGCGCUGGCAGGGAAAUUCAACGCCCACGUCCACGUUGAAUAUGAAUGGUGUCUGCAGCAUGAAGACUUGGAUGAAAGUGAUGAAGAUCUGGAUGAGAAGCCCAGCCCUCAUCGUAGAGACGAGCGUCCGGUCAGCUGUUACACCCCGAGCAGCAACUCCCACCACCAGACCGGUCUGGGCUCUGCGAGCCGUGACACCAAGGACAAGCAGCGUGCCUUCAUGCCCAACCUGGUAAACAACGAGACCUAUGGCACCAUCCUCAGCACCAACCAGCCUCAGCCCUCCACCACCUCUGCUCCGCCCCUGCCCCCGAGGAACCUGGUCCAGUUAUCCGGUCUAGGAGGGAUCGGUCAGUCGUCACCGUCAACCAGCUGGAAGCCCGGUUCUUUAGACCUGGUCGGCCGACAGAGGUCGUCCUCAGACCCUCCCAACAUGCAUCCUCCUAUGCCUCCUAUGAGACUCAUUUCAACGGGAGGUCUGGGUCCUGCUCCUGUGGCAAAGAUGGAGGCCAUGAACAUACAGUCCAAGUCAGGUCAGGGACCGGCGGGGUCCAGAGUGGUGCCGCCUAAAUCUCCCGCAGGCAAUGAUAAAAGCUUCAACAGGGGACCUCUAAAUCGAACGCAAUCCAUCGAAAGGCCAGCUAAGGAAGUGCCAGGAUGCCCCCAGAACUCCAUAGGUCAAUCUCUGCCUCCAGCCCCCAUGCCGAGGAAGGCCUACCCAAAGCAGCGGCCGAAGCGAGUGAAAGCCAUCUACAACUGUGUAGCCGACAACCCAGACGAGCUGACCUUCUCUGAGGGUGAGGUGAUCGUGGUGGAUGGAGAAGAGGACCAGGAGUGGUGGCUAGGCCACAUCGAAGGCGAUCCGAUGAGAAGAGGAGCAUUCCCGGUUACGUUUGUACACUUCAUCGCUGACUGAACGGUUUCUCCUCUGGGUCUCAGGAAGCGUCAUGAGGGGGAGGUGGUGGCAGCAUCCCUCCUCCUCCUUCACCCGUCUCUGUCUGCCGGCCAACAAAACCUCCACCAUCGUCCCGGUGUUUUGUCGGCAUCAUCAUUGUUAAAGCGUCACUGCUGUAUCAUCACAUCGGCUGCAAAUCUGUACGUCAUGUCAUCGUGGCAACCGUAGCCUGGACCCAGAAAGUCUGCGGUGUGAGGACUCGUGGGACUGUGUGUGUGUGUGUGGGUUUUAAUGCUUGCUGUUAAUGUUGCUGACAAAGACUCUUUAAAGAUUUAAAAAUGAUUGUAGUGAAUGACCUCUCGCAAUAAAUGCACUUUCCUUGUCUUUAUCCUUGUUACAACACGAGACGACGUGACAUAAUGAAGGUUAUAUGUACAGUAUUCAUUUCAACCGUUCUCUGCUCAGCUGCGUUGUACAGACAGUCCUGAAAGUGAUAGAAGUGAGAAGACGACAGCAAUGUAUUUUAUCUUACUAACAACUGUAAAUGUGAACAGUCGACGUGCUUACAUUCCACCUCCGUGCAUGAGCGAUUUUAAAACGCCUACCUUGCUUUCCAACUCCGUAGUAGGCCUCCUGCGUGGAGGUUUUUCCAAUGGUGCUAAAUUAACCCUGGAAUAUGCUAGAAGCUGCGCCCGAGGGAGCGCUUCCCUGUCCCUGAUUUUUGAGGACAGACUGCCGUUAAAAUAAUGUAAAAAUAGCCUCCAACUCAACACACCUGUGAGAAAGUGGUUUCACACAAGUGUGUGGAGUGAACGAGCGCAAAUGAGUUCCACGUCACCCAUCUUCUGUGACUUCUUCUCCACACACACACACACACACACACACACACAGCCUGUACUAUUAGUUAGAUAACAUUCAACAGCAUCAGGUUCUUCCUCCUGUAUUGUUUUAGGUCAAACGAUGAGACUGACUGGAGCUGCAACAGCCAGUAAUUACCUUUUUUUAUGCCGAGUCUGUCACCUCAGGCUACCUUUGCCUGUCACCUGCCUUAUUAGAGGAGUAGGAAAGUGUGUGUGUGCAUGUCCUGUCUGAACAGAAUAAGCUCAGAUUGAAAGAAUAUUGAAGUAAUAAAAAAAAGAGAGAGAGAGCGUGUGGGAAUGUGAUGAAAAAGAAAGAGGUAGCUUUGUGACUUUUGUUGCUUCCUCUUUCCUUUGAGUGCAUUCAGACUCCGACAGGCUCUCCAUAUUUUUCAUUGUAUAUACAAAGCAGACAAAGAGAAAGGAAUCUCCUUUCUACUAGUUUAAACCUCUCACAUCCGGGGUCCUAUAAUGUAGAAAGGUGAGUUUAUCUAUAGUGUUAUGAAAGAAAUAUAAAACAUUCAAUGUAAUUAACUCCAUUUUUGGUUGCAGAGCAACUUUCUUUAUGUUCAUAAUGUUGAUAUUUAGGCAUUUAACCUGAAACCAGAGCCUUCCAUGGAUUUGUGAAUGACCAGAAGAGAAGCAUGUGAAUCGUAGCUGAUCUGCUCUCUUCAUCACGUAUAAUAUGAACUCACUGGAAACAGGAAGAUUUAAUCUAUUCGUGUAAAUAGAUUUUGUUUUGUUGAUAUUUAAAUGUAAAAAAAAAAAAAAGGAGAAAAAAAAGUUAACAUGGGCAGAAAAUGUCUUUUAACGUGCCGUGGUGACAAAAAGUUGCAGAUACAACCUCAGCUGGACCUGUGUGUGUGUUUGUUUGUGUGUAGCGAAAGCACAAAUACACUCAUACACACCAAAACUGGGACAAUAAUUCAUUCUCAUUAACUGUCACUGCAUCAACUCUUAACUCUAUUGUGCAAGUAAAUGGGAAAAAUGAAACUGGAAUAAUAAAAAUAUGAAAUAUUAACAAGG